AUGGCAUCCGACUCGGGUGAUUAUGUUGGACCAGCGGUGCACUUUGAUCGCACGGAGCAAGAGAUCGGUGUCCAGGAGAUCCCUCGGGACUUUGUUCUUGAUUGCGCGAAGAUCGACGAUGAGAUCGGGGUCGCGAUCGCUUCGGAGCUGGAUGUUGUGGAUCGUCUUCAUGCUCACUUUGUGGCUUUAGAGUACUUCACCGUCCAUGAGUUCACGCGUGGCUACGCCGUCAAAAAGAACUCGCUCGAGUUCGCCGCCGCCGGUGCCGAGGUCUUGGAGAGCGACGACAUUCUCGAUGCGCACUUCUUGGAGUUCUUGCACGAGAUCAACCUGGUGGCUGACCCGCUCUUGUUCCGCUCCGAGACAGUGGUCAUGGCGAGGGGUGACGCCUUGCUCGAGAAUCUCCUCGUCGGCCAAAAGACCUUUGGCGCCAGUGCGGCUCGGCUCUGCCCGAUGCAGCUCGGCCUCGAACGGGCGGCGAUCAUUGCUACAAUAGUGCGGCGAUCUAUGCCUCACUUCAAGGCGUCCUUUCAGCUCACGACGCCCCCUGCAGAUCGCACGCGCCCGGUUGGCUCCGCUGCGAGUGGGAUGGCCUUCGUGAAGAACAAGGGAACGAGCAAGUCAAUGUUUGCAAAGCUGUGA